CCAAGUAUAUUUCAGUCUUUCGAUAAUUUCAGCCACCGUCGGUUGUGUAUCUCUAUCCCCCUGGUUACACGUUCCGCGGAUGUGAAUGUUCAGUCCACCUCGAAUUUCUAAACAUACAAAACCUAUACUAAGUGAUUCGAAUACAAUGAAAAAAUCAUUCCGAUCGAUUUGUGUGCGUUUUCAAGAAGAAAAAAAGAUGUGAUUCUUAGUUUUUGAUAUUAAGAAGAUAUUCUAUCCACCAAGUGAAGUUUUGGAGGAAAAUAAUUUAAAAAAAAAUUGUGUGUUGGCUGUUUACUUCUUUUUAUUUGGAUGAAAACAAUAUUUUAAUUUCAUACUUUCAAAAUUAAUUCAGGAUUCAACCUUCAUUUACUGACCUCCAUUCGAAAAAAAAAAUAAAAAAAAAAUAAACCUCUAAAAGAAAAUGUCUGCCAAUUUAAAAAGAAAAAGCAAGAAGUGAAGUGUUUAUUUAUGCUAAUAAAAAUCUUUGUAUUUAUUAUUCGGCCUUUAAAAAGUUAACAGAAAGUUAAGACAUACAAAAAAAAUAAUAUCAUACUGUGCGUAUACCAAACAUGAUAUAAAUAAUGUCCACCAUGCUGGCGGACUAUAGUGUGUAAAAACCGUGUCUAGAUUUUCAAAUUAUUGCAAAACAGUUGACAGUGUUGCCAAUCAGAAAAGAAAAAAAAUAUCAAAGGAAAUUAACCCCAUAGAAGUUUAUUUAUGAUCAAAAUUGAGAGGUUUUAAAUAAUUUAUUAUGAUUUGUGCAAUAAAUUUACUCGUUUGAGUUCUGUAACAUUUUGAACAGAGCCAAUCAAACGAGCACACACUAUGACAGUAUCCUAUUCAGGUGAAGUUCCAAAUGGAAGCAGCUUUGGAUGUUUUUGGAAGAUUUUGUGGAAAUGGCGCGGCAGUGUCUACAAAUUAGUGUGGCGUGAAUUGGUUGCUUAUUUAUGUUUAUAUUAUACCAUUAACUUAGUCUAUAGAUUUGUACUUAAUGAUUACCAACAACAACUAUUUGCCAAAAUCCGAGUUUACUUCGGUGAACAGAGUGAAACCAUCCCGAUGUCCUUUGUCCUCGGGUUCUAUGUAAGUCUGGUGGUUAAGAGAUGGUGGGAGCAAUACAGAUUACUGCCAUGGCCAGAUACUCUUGCCCUAUUCAUAAGUGCUGCAAUUCCUAACUCCAAUGGAGGAAACGAGACAGGGCGAUUGAUGCGCCGUAAUAUUAUGAGGUACAUGGUCUUGGCUUAUGUCAUCACCCUGCAGCGAAUUUCACUUCGCGUUAAGAGACGCUUCCCAUCGACACAGCAUCUUGUUGAUGCUGGGCUAAUGCACGAGAGCGAGAUGAAAAUCUUCGAGACCAUGAACGCCAAGAGUCCCAUGUCCAAGUACUGGAUGCCUCUUGUGUGGGCGACAAACAUCAUUAAUCGUGCACGCAAAGACGGUCUGAUCUCAUCGGAUCACAUUGUUCAGACAAUUCUGGUUGAAUUGUCUGACAUCCGACGAAGGCUUGGCGGCUUGAUUGGCUACGAUACGGUCUGCGUGCCAUUGGUAUACACUCAGGUUGUCACAUUGGUGUUGUAUAUUUAUUUUAUAGCCGCUGUUGUGGGCAAACAAAUGCUCCCGAAUAUGCCACCUCGAAAUGGAAAAGCCGAUACUGACUUGUAUUUUCCACUCUUCACAGUUUUACAAUUCGUGUUUUAUGUGGGAUGGCUUAAAGUUGCAGAAGUGCUAAUUAAUCCAUUUGGAGAAGAUGAUGAUGACAUUGAGCUUAAUUGGCUUAUAGAUCGACACAUUAAGGCUUCCUACAUGAUUGUUGAUGAAAUGCACGAGGAACAUCCUGAACUCCUGCGAGAUCAGUACUGGGAGUGCGUUGUACCGAAGGACUUGCCUUACACUGUGGCUUCGGAACACUAUCGACGCAACGAGCCUAAGGGAUCUGCUGAAAAAUACAAAGUUAAAACUGCUGACGCCAUGUACGCGAACAUCAUGCCUACCAAGCGUAACAUGCCCGAUGACGUCUAUGCAGAUUAUGAAAGUGUCGAUACUCCAAUGGUUGAGCGACGCAAAAACAACUGGCUCACGCGUCAACUAUCCCGUAUGGGUUCGAUGCGAAGUCAGUCCACCGCAUACUCCUCUGGAGGCACAGCGUUUAAUCGAAAUCGUUUGAAUUCAGUUUACUCCAGUCCAGAGUCUGGCCUGCCUCUAGCAAUUUUACAACAACAGCAGCAUCAGCAGCUGCAAUCGAAGCCGAGCUUCUAUGAGAAGUUUGUCCAUCGGAAGUCAUUGCGUGCUCAAAAGCAACUAAAGCAAAAUACAAGGCUUAAUGUGAAUGGCCUUAACGUGGCUGUGCCCAAAAACAGACCUCGCAUUCCAACACCCGACGUUACAAAGGAAGGUGUAGAAAAAGAAAGUAAACUUAUCUUCACGCCUGGGUCGACGGGAACAAGUACUUCCGGAGCUAGUGGAGUUGAACUUGUGGCGUCACAUUUGACGUCAUCCCAUAACAUGUAUCCAUAUCCAAGUGGACAGGAUGGUCAAGUUCUUGGAACUCUUCUCCUCUCACCAAUCAAAGAGAUGGAUAGUUGUUCAUCGAACAACACCCUCAUUCCAGGACAUCCAGCAACUGCUGCACUUGCCCAAGCUGUUCUGCCGAAGAAUCUCCAGGAUGUUAAUUUCGGAACUGUUUCCUUAAGUCCUUCAAAUCUACCGGUGACAACACUGUCAUUCCCAUUCACAGUGACUACAUCAACGUCCGAUUCAAUGCCGUCGGGAACUUUAAAUAUAGUUUCCAUGCCUCAGAUAACCACAACAAAUGCCGUGUUCGAUACCAACGAAAUGAUGUCGUCUAUUCCACUAGCCCUGACCAUUCCACGAUCGGUUUCAGCUGUUUCAGUCACGGAAACAGCUCGCGAUCCAUCGAAUAAUAGAUUCCUCACUGUGAAGAAUGAAAAUCACACACCAAUCUCGCGAACGAGUAGUUUCAAUGAUGCCUUCAUUAGAGAUUCUUAUGUACUCGAGCGGAAGCUCUCUCAAAGAUCACUCAAUCAACCAAUCGAAAAUCGAAAUAAUUCCUCGAAUCCUCAAAUUUCAACAAGCAACGGCAAUAGCCUUAUGCCAAAUCCUUCUAACGAAAAUUCAACUUCGGCUCCAACAACACUUACAAAAGGAACACCCGAAGCCAAAAAUGGGGAAGUUUAUGUUUAAAAUGUAUUCAAAAACGUAUAUAUGUAUUUCGAUUUCGAAUAUUGUAAAUAUCCAUAGUUUAGGGAGAUUUUGUAAAUUUCAAAAGAACUCUCCUAUAGCUAUUGUUAACUUUUUUUUUACAAUAAUUAUUUAAAAUUCUUGUGAUAUUUUCAAAAUAUGCUGGCAUAAGACAAAACGUGCGUUAGGGUUAUUUUAUAUACAAAUGUUAUUUUGUCUUCUCGCUAUUGUUUUAAUCUUUUAAACAUGAAUCUCGAAAUAUUAAAAAAUGUUCUUUAUAUUUUAGGAAAUAUGCAGAGUUAGCCAUAAUAUUUUUGUUUUCGUUAGCAAUAAGACUUGUAAUAUGAAUGUGUACAUUUUAAAACAUUUAUUGUAAAAAUAUUUGACGUAGAUAUUUUAUUAGUUAACUAUAAAAAAUGUAUUUAAAUUUAAAUGAAGAAAAAAUAAAGUUGAUUUAAUUAGAGAUGAGAAAUCAAAAA